CCACUGUCGCUGCUAAACCCAACGCUCCUUUCAAGUUUCACGUCCAGACGUUUCGGCCGUGUUGUCGACUAUCCCCUUAAUAUCUCUUUACUGCUUGAUCUUGCCGAUCGGUCUAUUGUUCCGUCCUCUGGCUGCUGUGUAAUAGAUUUAGAAUGUCCGUCUAAUUGAAGAUCCGAAACUCGUUCCAACAGGAUCCUUUCGAUCCGCAUUAUGACCGACUCUACGGUCAAUCCCUCGGAAGCGAGGGGCUCUGAGAACACCCCCAAUCGGUAUUACUCGAGACAAACCGAACCGAUGUCAUUGGACAGCUUGAAGCUGUCAUCGCCGCUUCCCUCCCCUUCCUCGACAAAGGAUGAUGCAGACAGAGCGGAUGGAGUUGAUGGCGGAGAUCAGGUGGACGCUUCGUCAACGGUCAGAGGUGUGGGAGAUGCUCAAUCCGACACAAAAGGAAAGACGCGCGCAGAGCAUGCCGGCGAUUCUGGAGAGGAGGAAACGUCGAAUGCCAGUCCCACCAAUAAAGCGGCCUCGCUGAGCCUUCGACAACCGAACGAUGCAACGGCAAACCAGCAAAAUUCCGGGAGCCGAAAGUCGCCAACUUCAGCCCUGGGAUCAUCUGCCUCGCCUCGCCGCCCAAGCGUACAAUUUACUCAAGACACUCCGGAUGUUGAUGCUGCUGAGCCAUCUCCGUCUAGGCCACCUUCGGUCAAAGGCGAUGAUGUGGAUGCGGGCCUGAAGGGUAGACAAUCCCUGCUGACAAAGUUGAAGUCUUUCGCAGCCUCGCCCUCGUUUACCUCUCAUACUCGCUCGGCGAGCGGUGCGACGCUGAACGAUUUCCGACCUACGAACAAUGAACUAGCAACCCCUGGCUCAGAAAGAGGGGAAUUUCGCUUUCCGAACACUUUGGAGGAGGAGGGGAGCGAUAUUGAUGCCGACGCGGAAGAGAGUGCCGGGGAACAACGGGCCCGCCAGAAGAAACAGAAGAAGAAGCAGCCACGUCGUCGGCAGCAGGAUGAUUCGGUGCCCCCAUCACAGCCAAAUACCCCCAAAUUCACCAGCCGGCCGUCCUUCCACUUACCGACCUCCUUUUCCCCCUUUGAAAACUAUCGCCCCAACUUCUUUCCGCGACGGGGCAGUACCGGUGAUUUCACACCUCAACAGCGUGAGGGUGUCUCAGAAGACGAAGGUCGUGAUCGCCUAAAUAGGGAUACUGCAUGGAGACGGAAAAGUGCUUGGCUUGCUAACGCGCGGGGCCUUACUUACAGCGGGCGCCAAAUAGAUGCGCCAGCAAAUCAAGAGGAAAGAAGACCAAGCAACCUGAGACGGCUGACUGGGUUAGCUGGACCUUCUGAGAAUGCAGAAGGAACGGCACCACCCUGGAGGCGUCAUCGGGCUGACCGCGGUUCCAGCCUUAGUGCUCAAAGGUGGCGGCAGAUAAAGGCAGGUCUCAAGUUGAUCGGACAGCGACGCAAGGUGGAUAACACAGUAGACCAUGCCAAGUCGGCAGAGCUACUCGCUGAGUUGACCUCAGGAGUGCCGGCCGCCUUAAUACUGGCCAGCAUGUUCCAGCGAGAUGAACACGGUAGCAAGCGAAUUCCAAUUCUUCUGGAGCAGCUCAAGGUGCGGGUCACGGACAGCAAGAUUGAUUCUCACUCCGGAGAUCGCCAUCUCGUCUUCCGUAUUGAGUUGGAAUAUGGCAGUGGCAUGACACGGAUGAAAUGGAUCAUCUACCGCACCUUGAGGGACUUUGCAAACCUGCACCUGAAGUAUAAGUUGCAUUUCGGGACUCAGAAGUACAUCCAGCUGCGGAACACUGAAGGGGCCCAAAAUCUCCCGCGCUUCCCUCGGAGUGCGUUCCCCUAUCUUAGGGGCGUGCGUGGCUUGGAAAGCGACAUGGAGGAUGAGGAGGAUGAAGGUGGAUAUGAAACAGCUGCGGAGGCUACUAGUGGCAAUGAAAGAGCCGCCAAAAAGCAGCAGCAAGCGCAUCGUCGUUCGUCGGGUGGCCUAUCUCGGAGACAGUCUACCGUAACGAAUCCAGAAGCGGAGGGUGCUGCUGGGCCUUCAGGCCUUCCUGAAGGAGGGCAGGCCAGUAAAAAGGAGAGCUAUCCUGAAAGACAGCGGAAAAAGCUCGAGUCCUACCUGCAAAAGCUGAUCCGAUUCCUCAUAUUCAAGCCAGAUAGCAACCGUCUCUGCAAAUUUCUGGAAUUGUCAGCCCUGGGUGUCCGUCUUGCGGCCGAAGGGAGCUAUCACGGCAAGGAAGGCUUCCUGGUUAUUCAGUCCUCCAAGGGUCUCGAUUUUCGGCGCGCGCUGACGCCGGGCAUGGUAAAGAAGCGACACUCUCCCAAAUGGUUCCUUGUUAGGCACAGCUAUGUCGUCUGCGUCGACUCCCCAGAGGAAAUGAACAUAUAUGAUGUGUUUUUGGUGGAUCCUUUCUUCAAGAUUCAAACCCAAAAGGUCAGCUUGAGAAACCAAAAGGCGAAGGAGAUUGCCAAAUCGGCGACAGAGUCAGCCAGGCACCCACAGCAUCACACAUUAAGGCUCGAGAACUCGGAGCGCAAGCUUAGACUGCUGGCCAGGAAUGAGCGUCAGCUCCAUCAGUUCGAAGACUCCAUCCGGUUCAUGGUUAACAAUACCCCCUGGGCAAGGCCGAACCGGUUUGACAGUUUUGCGCCGGUGCGACACAAGUGCUUCGCACAGUGGUUGGUGGAUGCGCGUGAUCACAUGUGGGUUGUGUCGCGGGCGAUCAACCAAGCGAAGGAUGUCAUCUACAUCCAUGACUGGUGGCUGAGCCCCGAGCUUUACAUGCGUCGGCCUGCGGCCAUCAGCCAGAAAUGGCGUCUAGAUCGCCUUCUCCAGCGAAAAGCUCGUGAAGGAGUCAAGAUCUUUGUCAUCAUGUACCGCAACAUCAACUCUGCCAUCCCUAUCGAUUCGGAAUACUCCAAGUUUUCCCUCUUGGAUCUUCAUCCAAACGUCUUCGUGCAGCGAUCACCAAAUCAAUUCCGACAGAACACCUUCUUUUGGGCGCACCAUGAAAAGCUCUGUAUCAUCGACCACACCUUGGCUUUUGUAGGAGGUAUCGAUCUUUGCUUUGGCCGUUGGGACACACCACAACAUCUCCUCACCGACGACAAACCCACUGGGUUUGAGACCCCGGAUGGACCGAAGGAUGCGGAUCAUUGCCAGCUCUGGCCAGGCAAGGACUACUCGAAUCCUCGUGUUCAGGAUUUCUACGACCUCGACAAGCCCUACGAGGAGAUGUACGAUCGAAACGUAGUUCCCAGGAUGCCCUGGCAUGACAUUUCCAUGCACGUCGUCGGACAACCGGCUCGAGAUCUUACGCGCCACUUUGUCCAACGGUGGAACUACAUCUUGCGCCAGCGAAAGCCAACACGCCCCACGCCAUUUUUGUUACCGCCGCCAGAUUUCGAACCGGCUGAUAUGGAGGCCCUGGGGCUGGAUGGUACCUGUGAGGUCCAAAUUCUACGUUCGAGUAGUAUGUGGUCGACUGGGACCCCCGACAUCACAGAGCAUAGCAUUAUGAAUGCUUAUGUGAAGCUGAUCGAGGAGUCUGAACACUUUGUAUACAUCGAGAAUCAGUUCUUUGUUAGCACCUGUGAAAUUGAUGGUCGGAAGAUUGAGAAUUCGAUCGGCGAUGCUCUUGUGGAACGAAUCACCCGAGCAGCAAAGAACAAGGAGGCAUGGCGUGCCGUGAUUGUGAUCCCACUGAUGCCGGGCUUCCAGAACACCGUGGAUAGUGAGGGUGGAACGAGUGUCCGGUUGAUCAUGAUGUGUCAGUAUCGCAGCAUUUGUCGUGGGGAGACAUCCAUAUUCGGCCGGCUGCGAGCGUUAGGGAUCGAACCUGAGGACUACAUCCAAUUCUUCAGCCUUCGAACCUGGGGAAAGAUCGGCCCUCAAGACCAAUUGGUCACCGAGCAGCUUUAUAUCCAUGCCAAGUGCAUGGUUGUUGAUGACCGAGCUGCCAUAAUUGGGUCUGCCAACAUCAACGAACGCUCCAUGUUGGGGUCUCGCGAUUCGGAGGUGGCGGCGGUGGUGCGGGAUACGGACAUGAUAUGGUCUUCCAUGAACGGCCGCCCUUACCUCGUGGGACGGUUCCCACACACCCUCCGUAUGCGUCUCAUGAGGGAGCAUCUUGGUAUUGACGUCGAUGAGCUGAUGGAGCACUCCAUGGCAACCGAGGAAGAGCUCCGCCGGAUCGAAAUCGUUGAAGAAGGGUCGAAGCCUCCCGAAAGCCAGCUCGACUCGGAAUCGUUGAUGCUGGAGAAGAAAGACGAGAGAGAUAUGAUGGAGCGUCGACACCGACUUCAGGACGAAUUCCUCUCACGGUCUGAAGACAUGCACAGCUUCAACCAUGACGUUGACUGGGAGCAGGGAAAUAACCCCAAUCUUAAGUCGAACCGGAAACUCACUGCCGACCCGAGAGUGACCUCAAAUGCCGAACACAGGAAGGACGUGGACGGCUUUGGUGCCGACAACCUCACCAAAGCCGUGGGGGCUGGCUUGGGCGAUGCCCGUGACUCUGAGUUCCUGGGCCCGAGGACAGAGGUCCUGAUUUCUCCUGUUGCAUCCGAGGGCAAGGGCACUAUCCAGCAGCCGAAACAACCCUCACAACGGAAUACCCACCGAGCAAACGCGGGUGGUGAUAGAGAAGGCAAUCAUAGUCUCAGUCCCGUCGUGGAGCAUGGUAACGAGGGGGCGCAGGUCGUGGAGGGAUUGUCCGCUGUUCGCCAUCCAGCACUGCCGGUGGAGCACGAGUCUGAGAGUAGCCACAGCGGGGUCCAGGCGGCUUCGCGGGAUAAACAUGACCCUAUCAAGUCCUCUCACUUGUUCUCUUCUGACGUAAAGCACGUCUUUAUCGACAAGGAUUGUAUGCGUGACCCUGUGAUCGACUGCUUCUACCUGGAUACUUGGCAAGCUGUAGCGGAUAAGAACACCAAGAUUUACCGGAAUGUGUUCCGCUGCAUGCCGGACAGCGAAGUGAAGUCUUGGAAAGAAUAUAAAGAGUAUGCUGCCUAUGCAGACCACUUCGCAGAGAUGCAGAGUCAACACAGUACCAAAGCAUACCAACCUACCAGCCAAAGACAAACCGGACCGCCUGGAACGGGGGCCAGCAUGGCUGGGGCAGCUUCCGGACUCAAGCAUACUCUGACAGUCCAUGCUCAGAGUGCCGAGGGAGCUAAAGUGGAGGCCAAAGAUUCACCUGUCGAAAAGAACAAUGCUCAUUCGACAGAAGCCGGUCCAAAGCCGGACACGCAACAUGCCGAACACGGAACUUCUGACGGGCCUUUGCCAAUAAAUGAGAAAUCGACGAUGAAAGGAGCAGAUGGGACGGCGACGGGGCACAUGCCAAAUGGACGACAUGAGGAAAGUGGCUCUUCUGGUGAAGAUCUGGAAAAGCAGCGAUCUGAACCGCCGCUCGUGGAUUAUUCCGAGGCUUUGAAUCGGAAUGCCACCGGUCAGUCUCGACGACGCCGACGAAGGGCGACGACGCUCGGAUCAAAGCGGGAGUUUCACGCGACAGAUGAAGUGAUGGACAAACAGCGAGCUGAAGAGCUUUUGAAUCACGUACAGGGACAUUUGAUUCUGUGGCCCUACGACUGGCUCGAAAAGGAAGAACAGGGCGGAAAUUGGCUUUACACGCUGGAUCAGAUCUCUCCGCUGGAAAUCUAGUAAGUCCAAGCCCGGAAUGGGACACAAACGCAUCAAAUGCUAACCACGGAGCAGCAACUGAAUCGAUGUCGACGUGUGUCCAUUCAAUGUACUACUUAGUACUAUAUUGUUUCACACUUGGCUGAUCUACCUUUUCCAUCUUGGACCGACGCCUCUUCUUCUACGAUUUUCACAGCUACUUCUUCCCCAACCCCUACACCAUCAUUUGAGGUCAUCCCGUGUAAUGUUUGCGUGGCUGGUGGUUUUCAGCUCACUGCAUAUCAA